UGAGGAGAGGGACUUCCCUGGUGGCACAGUGGUUAAGAAUCUGCCUGCCAAUGCAGGCGACACGGGUUCGAGCCCUGGUCCGGGAAGAUCCCACAUGCCAUGGAGCAGCUACGCCCGUGCGCCACAACUGCUGAGCCUGCAUUCUAGAGCCCGCGAGCCACAACUACUGAGCCCCUGUUCCACAACUACUGAAGCCCGCGUGCCACAACUACCGAAGCCCGCGUGCCACAACUACUGGAGCCCGUGCACCUAGAGCCCGCGCUCCGCAACAAGAGAAGCCACUGCGAUGAGAAGCCCGCGCACCACAACGAAGAGUAGCCCCCGCUCGCCGCAACCAGAGAAAGCCCGCGCGCAACGACGAAGACCCAAUGCAGCCAAUAAAUAAAUAAAUAUAUUUUAAAAUUGUGAUAAUGCUUAAAAAAAAAUCUGAAGAAAAUUAUGUAUAAAUACAAAGCCUGGAGUCAGUAAGUUCACCAGCCUGAGGAAUGUUCGGGAAAUAGUAAUUCAAACGAAAUGGCCUUGGGGAGUGAGCCAAGCAAAGUGUCCCGAGCAAGAGAAGCAGUCCUAGACGCCCACUUUCUUGUUUUGGCUUCAGAUUUGGGCAAAGAGAAGGCAAAGCAGCUGCGUUCUGAUCUGAACUCGUUUGAUAUGUUAAGAUAUGUUGAAACUCUACUGACACAUAUGGGUGUAAAUCCGCUAGAAGCUGAAGAACUCAUCCGUGAUGAAGAUAGUUCUGAUUUUGAAUUCAUAGUCUAUGACUCCUGGAAAAUAUCAGGCAAAACAGCAGAAAACACCUUUAAUAAAACCCAUACAUUCCACUUUCUGUUGGGUUCAAUACAAGGAGAGUGCCCUGUGCCAAAGCCACGAACUGAUCGUCCAAGAAAAGUUCGUAUGAUAGAAGAGCAGCAGGCAAUGCCUGACGAGUUAAAAAGAAUGGAAGAAUCUCAUCAAGAAGCAACAGAAAAAGAAGUAGAAAGAAUCUUGGGAUUGUUGCAAACAUAUUUUCAAAAAGAUCCUGAUACUCCGAUGUCCUUCUUUGACUUUGUGGUUGAUCCACAUUCUUUUGCCCGAACAGUGGAAAACAUCUUUCAUGUUUCCUUUAUUAUAAGGGAUGGGUUUGCAAGAAUACGACUCGACCAAGACCGACUGCCAAUAAUAGAGCCUGUUAAUAACGAAGAAAGUGGAGGAAUUGACCAAAACACUCAAAUUAGGAAUCAGGGAAUUAUAGCUUUGAGUUACCGUGACUGGGAGGAGAUUGUGAAGACCUUUGAGAUCUCAGAGCCUAUGAUUACUUCAAGUCAAAGCCGGCAGAGGCUAAGUGCUUGACACCAGCUGAAGCCCCAUCAGAUCGAUCACACAGCAGCCAGAGUGAUCUCUGUAUUACAUAAAUCUGAGCACAUCACCUUCCUGCACAGAAACCUGGGAUAGCGUCUUACUGCUCUCGGGAGAAGAUCCCCAACGCCAGCAUGGCAUCCAUCAGCUGGUUCCUGACUGCGUCUCCAAAGACGCUUCCCAAGCCGACUGCUCCUGCCCCAGCCACGCUGACUUUUCUGUUCCUCAAACGCCGUGUUCUCCUUCCUGUCUGAGUAUUUUCACAUGUUCUUCCUUUGUAUACUCCCAAACACAUAAUAUAGCAGCUCUGACUGUGGUUUUUAGGUUUUAGUCUGUGUCACUUCUUCAGGCCUUCUACGUACUCAUUCAAAUAAAAUCCCACCUUUUCAUGACACUUCUCACAAUCUGUGGUAACUAUUGAAUGUCCACAUCCCUCACUAGACUAUAAGCCCUAGGAGGUUGUGGGUGUUGAUUUUGUUCAGUGCUGUCCAGUCAGCACCACAGUUGCUCAAUGAACCAAACAGUACAAGCCAAGCAU